AUGGCAGACACAGAUGAAUCCCGGUGUCACUUCCAGCCUGUGGACAGGCCGACAGCUCACUCCGAGUCUCUCACAGGUCUGCUCAAACCAUUGCCCAUUAAAUUUUCUAAAUGGAACAAGCACCACAGAAUACAACAAAUUACCGAUGUGUCAGAUAAAGGGAUAGAGGACAUUUUUCUCAUUCAGAAUGCAUCGAGAGAUGAUGAGUCACCAGUCAAUCGUAGUUCAGAUGUAUUUUCUGAUUCACGAUCAAUGUACGCUGAUGCCAGGAACAAAUCCAAAGGAAGAGAACCACAGACCACCCCACUGGUUAGCCAAAGCAGUUCUUUAAAUUCCGUCUCCAAGUCCAGUUCAUUUGUACCUGCACGGUGUAAGAAGAGAUUUCCGAAUGCAUCUAACACCGUAGUGGAACAUGUCCAGCAUCCUUCACCCCCUGACACUAUUGAAGAUGACGUGUCUUCCACUGCUUCUUCUGUUGAUGUAACACUGGUAGGACACCAUAGUAGGACAACAGAGGAUAGACCAGCAGAACUGAAUGACAGUAGGGACAUUUCUUCCCCUGGGACUGCUAUUAUGGAUCAGGCCAGUCUGCUAUGUGAUGGACUAGAUCAAUCUUCGUCGACUUCCUUGUAUGUAUCUGCAGACGAAGAGCUCACAGGCACAGUCAAAAGUAAAUCAUCUUUGGAGACUUUUGAUGAACACACUUUGGUUAAAGACUCUACUCACUCUUCCCCUUCAUUCACCAUUGAUGAUGGAAUCCAGAUGGAAAAGGACGUCUUUCAGUCACCUCCAGACGAGAUUCGGAGUCAUCAAGAAGGAAUGCAAAACGUACCACUUGACCAGAUGAUGCACUGGGCCAAGCUUGGAUCAUAUGUUAGAAAAUGUUACGAAAACUCUCGGGUCUGUGACGUAAGAUUCUUCGUAGGAAAUGAAGUCCUUUUUGCCCAUCGAUUUAUGUUAUGCUCCGUCAGUCCGUACUUUGCAUCCAUAUUUAACGAGAACAGUCAUCCGAAUUCCAAAUUGAUGGCAGAUGUCCACAUUCGAGGGGUGUCCAUGAGGUCCUUAAAAUCAUUUGUGGACUUUGUUUAUACGGGACAAUUGGAAAUGGCGACACCAAUGAUGUUAGAUUUGAUGAAAAUCUCGCGGCAUUUUGAAGUUCCAGAAAUAAGACAAAGAUGUGUCCAGGAAAUAGCUUUCCUCCCGGAUGAGGAUUUAAUCUUGUUGCUCAUUGAAAGUAGGGAAAAAAUGGAGACCGGUUUUAUUGACUCCAUACUAAGGUUCAUCUCGGAGAGAUUUCUAGCGAUUUCUCAGUGUGAAUCCUUUCUAGAUCUGGAUGUUGAAACCCUAUGUAUAAUCCUGUCACAUGAUGGGUUAAACACAGCGACAGAGGCGGACGUCCUCCGUGCAGCAAUGCAGUGGAUAUACAGGGGAUCCAGUCAACGCUCACAGGUUUUGGAAAGAGUCAUGAAAUGUGUUCGUUUUCCAUUAAUGACGCAGCUAGAGUUGUUUGACUGUAUCAAUAAGAACUGCCUUCUUAGAUCCAACGAAAGGUGCCUAGACAUGAUCCACAAGGCCAAUUGGAUUAGAACUGCAUUAGCAUUAAAUAUGCACGACCCCCUAGAACUGGAUGUACCAAAUCCAAGAUGUCGUUCUUUUCCUGAUGACACGUACAACAACUAUAUGAAUUACAAUGCUUCACAUACCGACCUCCUGGAUAUUUCAUUUGGAAGUAUUGAGAAUGACGAGAACUGCACAAAACGUGUAGCAGGAUAUGAAAUAUCCACAGAACCUCAAUCCUCACCAAAACAAAUACAGAGAGCAAGAGAGCAACACAUAGGAAUCAAGGAUCGUGCAAACGAACACAACACUAUCGAUCAAUCAUCGAUAUCAGAAGGAAUUGAACCUCAUUCCAUGACAGUACUGGGAGGAAAGUUGUAUGUGAUAGGAGGGUUCCAUCCUCAGUUUGAACUUCCGCAAAGGGAUGUGUGGGUCUAUAGUCCAAGAAAUGGCUGGCGGAGUUUGGCGCCUAUGAAAACUACCCGGAUGCACCAUACUUUGUGCGUUCUCGAUGGAUGUAUCUAUGCCAUUGGUGGAGUGGGGAGAAACAACAGGGUGCUCCGGUCAGUUGAGUGUUAUGAUCCAGUAACAGAUCGGUGGCAGUUCGUAAAGUCUAUGACAACAGCACGUGCUGGGGCUAGUGCCGCAGAGCUUGAUGGGAAGAUUUUUGUGUCAGGAGGAUUUGGAAACACUUUAUCUGGAAUGCCUCCGAUCCUUGAUAGUGUCGAAGUCUUCCACCCAUUAAAAAACAGAUGGGCUGCAAGAGGUCGUCUACGUUUUGGUCGUUGCCAUGCCAACAUGACUUGUGUUGGAGGCACCCUGUACCUGAGCGGUGGUUUGGCCGUGGAUUCUAACAUGUCACGUGUUUUAGACGUAGAGGAUGUUGAUAUCUAUGAUGCGCAGAAUGACUCCUGGUGGUUGUGCACUUGUUUGGAUAAAGCACGCCACAGCGCAGCUUAUUUUGUUUCGGGACAAAAGCUGUUUUUGAUUGGUGGAAUAGCUCUCAACAGCAAAGGCACUCUAAAAAAUUCUAUAGAAUGUUUGGACACGCGAUCAAACUCAUGGUUGGCCACUUUCGAACUGCCCAGUGAGGUGCUGUGGAUUCGAAGUGUUAUCUAAUGUGAAUUUGGGACCAUGUAGGAAAAGAGUGAAUAGACUUAUAUUAAAGCCAGGAAGUGGACGUUACAAGGGUUGCAAAGUCAGUAUUUCGCAAAUACUAUGGUCGUUAUUAUAACGAUCUAGUUUGUCAAUACAACCUGUCAAAUGCUGUCAAACGUGUUUUGUACCGACUAUUAGGCCAUUCUUGGCACACCGAGUUUGAAUAUGGAUUACUGCGUUUACUUGAUCAAGACAUAGGGUUCACGGCGGGUGUGAUCGGUUGACAGGGGGUGCUUAUUCGUCCUAGGCACCUGAUCCCACGAAUUGUCCC